AUGUCGGAUGAACGCCAACCACAAGUUGCUGCUUCGGCGAUCCCAGACGCCCAAGAGAUGGAGGUGCCGCCUACCACCGAGGAUUUUGUCCUGGAGCUCUCGCCAAACUCGGUUCUCAAUGAACGCUAUCGCAUCGUGGAGAAGCUUGGAGCCGGGCAACACUCUACUGUCUGGCUUGCGAAGGACACAAAAGCCGACUCUCCCGAUACCGUCUAUGCCAUCAAGGUCUUGAAUACAAUUGCGACUUCAUUGCAGGGCUCCAUCGCCCAUGAGCUUGAAGUUCUGCAGAUAAUCAAAGAGACAGCUGUGCGGCUUCCUGAAGCUACCGGUGCUGCGCACGUCUUGCAGCUUCUGGACCACUUCACGGUGACAUAUGCCCACGGAAGCCACCUCGCGCUGGUGAUGCCAGUCCUCGGCCAUAGUCUUCAGGAGCUUCAAGGGCGCUUCGAGGAUCGCAUGAUUCAUCCUAAUCUCGUGCGGGACGUCAUCCGCCAGCUCUUGGAGGCGCUGGUGUUCUUACACGAUGAGUGCAAGGUUGUCCAUACAGACAUCAAGCAAGACAACCUGAUGUUGAACGACUAUGGCGGCCAGGAUAAACCGGCCAUGGGAACUGCAUUCGUUCUCACCGAUCUCAGUACUGCUGAACCGGAACACGGCGAGCAUAAACGACUUAUUCAGCCUGAAGCAUUGAGGUGCCCCGAAGCUGCGGCCAAUCUAGAAUGGGGAACAGCAGCGGACAUCUGGAACGUAGGAUGCCUUGUGUUCGAACUUAUCACCGGGAAAAUCCUCUUUCCCGUUCAAGACUUGCGAAACGAAGAUGGCGCUGUUGCGAUUACACGCGACCAAUGGCGGUUCGCCCACUUCUGGGCAUUCGUGCGGAGACUUGAGGACACAGACGAGAAAUUGUGUGCUUUCUUUUCUCGAAGUGACGUUGGACGAGCGCUCUUCGGAACUGAUGGCAAGCUGUCCGUCAAUGUUGACCAACAUAGAUCGCUUGAACAGAUACUGCUCAACUACGAGGUGGAGGACCCGGAGCUGGCCGACUUUCUGGGAUGCAUGCUACGGUUGCUGCCUGAGGAUAGGGCGCCUGCGCGGGAACUACUGAAGCAUGCGUGGUUAAGUAUCGAAGACGCGAUGGAGCUCAAGAGCGAGGUGGAGGAUGGCGAAUCUGUGGAGGCAGUUGCUCAGAAGGACCCGUGA